AUGUCAAACGUCAAGACGAUCCCCACAAGCGAAUACGACGCCGUCGUCAAGGUCGUCCAAGACUUCUACAUUGGAGGCUGCGCCAAGGGCGACAGCGCCCUCCUCGCCCAGGGCUUCCACAAAGAGGCCACAAUGUAUGGCCACAUGGCGGAUGGCGCCCUUCUCGGCGGCCCCAUCCAGAACCUCUACGACUUCAUCAGCAGCGCCGGGGCGGCUCCUCAGAUGAAGGCGCGGUGCGACAUUCUGGCGAUUACACCGACGACAGCUGUGGUGAGGGUGGACAUGGAGAAGGACGCGGCAGGAAACAGCUACACGGACUUUCACUCAUUGCUGAAGUUUGACGGGGAGUGGAAGGUCAUUUCAAAGGUCUUCCACACUUAUGCUUCUUGA